CUGCAUCCGUACUGUUCCUUUAAGACUUGUCGUCCCAAGUAUUUUUUUUCUCUCUCAGCCUCAUACAAGGAGCUCUUUAAGCCCCGGGACCGACACAGAGCAGGCAUUCAUACUCGGGCAGCGCGAGCGAGGGGGCUCGGGAGCGAGCGUCACUUUGGAAACUCGGGAACUCACGGAUUCUCGUGCUACAGCGGCGACCUCCUUUUCUCAUUACUGAAGUGAUUGCUGUUGGAUUUCAAACGCGGGACAAAAGGAGGAGAGAGUGAAGGGGAAGUCAGGAGGGAAGUGAGACCGGGUGAGUUUGGCGCAGACAGUUGUGCAUUAGCAGGUAAACUGGGGUCCAAGGUGCGCACUGAGCCACAUAUGAUACCAACAACACGGAUGGAAAGAACUUUAAUGUGGAACCCUCACAGAGUUUUGCAACGGAGGCUGAGAGUAGAGACAGACUGGCAGUUCAUAUUAUAACUUAAAGGAGGCCAGAGAGACAGAACAGGCAGCAGUCAGCUGAUACUCCGUGCGUAAGGACAGGCAGCAACAGGGACAGGUAGGCUAGAGCUGAGCAUUUAGGAAGAUACCUUGCAUCCUCUGCGCACCUGGAGGCGUGUGUGUUUGUGUAGGAAGAUGUCGAGAGAGGAGCAGAGUUUGUCGGAGGUUGAGCUAAGUCCCGGGAUGUCGGACGAUAGUCGCUCCCUGUCACCGGGCCAUUCCUCCGGUGCGGCCUGCGGGGGGGACUCGCCUCUCCACCGGCAGCAGCAGCCGCAGCUAGCGGGCCUGGACGACUCGGCGGCGGGCAGCUCGUCUAUCAAAUCAGACGAGGAGGACGACGACCGCUUCCCCGCAGGCAUCCGUGAUGCGGUGAGCCAGGUGCUCAACUGCUACGACUGGACCCUCGUGCCAAUGCCCGUGCGCGUAAACAACGGAAGCAAGACCAAGCCGCACGUGAAAAGGCCGAUGAACGCCUUCAUGGUGUGGGCGCAGGCGGCGCGGAGGAAACUGGCCGACCAACACCCGCACCUGCACAACGCGGAGCUCAGCAAGACCCUGGGGAAGCUGUGGAGGCUUCUUAAUGAGAGCGAUAAGCGACCCUUCAUCGAGGAGGCCGAGCGGCUGCGGAAGCAGCACAAGAAGGACUAUCCUGACUACAAAUACCAGCCUCGACGCCGCAAAAGUGGAAAGCCUGGUUCUGGGUCAGGAAGUGAGGCCGAUGGCCAUUCAGAGGGUGAGGUCAGCCAAUCCCACUACAAGGGCCUCCAACUGGAUGUGGCCCUCAGUAGGGGAGCCGGGUCCCCUCUGGCAGACGGGCACCACCCUCAUGCUGCAGGUCAGAGUCACAGUCCUCCCACACCUCCCACCACACCCAAGACCGAGCCCCAGUCUGGAAAGGCAGGGGAUGGAAAUCGGGAGGGUGCUGGGAAUGGGGGCUCCCGUGGUGCAAUGGGAGCAGAGGGAAGCUCAGGUGCUCCGGGAUCUGGUAAACCCCACAUUGACUUUGGUAAUGUAGACAUUGGUGAGAUGAGCCAUGAGGUGAUGGCCAACAUGGAGCCUUUUGAUGUCAAUGAGUUUGACCAGUACCUUCCCCCAAAUGGACACCCGGGGGUUGGACAGAGUGCUGGAGCAGCAGCAGCAGGGGCUGGAACAGCUUCUCCAUCCUCUCCGUACAACUACAGCAUCUCUUCAGCUCUGGCAGCGGCCAGUGGACACUCAGCAGCCUGGCUUUCCAAGCAGCAGCAGCAGCAGCAGCAGCAGCAGCAGCCACUGCAACAUCACGGCCCUCUGGGCUCAGAUCACUCCAAGACCCAGAUCAAGAGCGAGGCCAGGGGUCACUUUGCAGAGACAGCCUCAGUAGGUUCCCAUGUCACUUACACUCCCCUCAGUCUUCCUCACUACAGUUCAGCCUUCCCCUCACUGGCCUCCAGGGCUCAGUUUGCUGAAUAUGCUGACCACCAAGCCUCAGGGCCAUACUACCCCCACUCCAGCCAGGCCUCGGGGUUGUACUCUGCCUUCUCUUACAUGGGGCCUUCCCAGAGGCCCCUGUACACUGCCAUCACUGACCCAGCCAGCGUACCGCAGUCACACAGCCCCACACACUGGGAACAGCCCAUCUACACGACACUGUCGCGGCCAUGACAGACAACAAGGCUGGAGGGCACUGGUGCAGGUUCAGCCCCCAUGUCAGACCCAAGGAGCAGCAGCAGCCACGGCAGCGGCCACAGCAGCAGCCACGGCAGCAGCGUUGGUGGUAUCGGUGGUGGAAGUGGUCUGGGCUGGGGGCAGUGGGCUGGCACUGGGGGAGUCGGCAGGAGGGGAGAAACCCCAUUCUGCCCGGAUGCAGAAGAUCUGUCACAGCCCAAGGAUGAGCUUGGAGCGUGGUGCUUUUGAAGCAUGGUUGAUUAUUUGGGGCACUCAGCGUCGGAGUGAGAGAAUGUGUUACUUUACACCAUCGCAGAGUUCCUGGUUAGAUUCACAGCAGCCACGCAAAGUGUUCAUGAGAGGUAAAGGAUCAUGUCCCUGUACAUUUUGCAGUCUACACCCCUCUGUCACAAACCACAUGGGGUCGGUAGCAACAGAGACCGUGGUACACAUUGAAAAUUAGGAAGACUUCAAUUCAUUCCAUAUGAAUUGGGACUUUUAAUAUCAGAACAGAGUGCCAAUCUAUUUUGCCGUGGCCUAUUCACUUCUCAGGCUAAAAGUGACCUUUUAUCAGACAGAUGUUAGUGUUGUAUUGCUUUUGGAAAUCAAUACAGCAAAUACUGAUAUCAGUCUGUUGGUUUCUAAGGAACAUUUGUCCCUAUUUAAUUCAAAUUAUUAUGCUGUGUUCUCUUGAAGUGCCUCUUGUACACACAAAUGGAUGUGCAUGGAAAUAAAAUGCCAUAAAACUAUGUUGAGGUUUUGUUUAGUGAAAUGUCUAUUUAGUAAAAAAAAAAAAAACAUGUUAUGACUGACUAGUAUGAGGCUAGAUUAUACAACGUACUUGAACACUUAUGGAUAUAUACGGAUAUAAAAUAUUUGUAAAAUGACCAAAGUUUUGAGACCAAAACUUAUAGAAAAGAAACUGAUUUUCACAGAUGUUUCUCCCAACGUGACACCCAGUACUACCUGACAUUUUGUUGCAAAUUAGUUUUUUCUUAGCUGUCAACAUUUUUACAAAUCUGACUUACAGUAAGUGACCUAAAAACAUAUUAGUGUCAAAAGCAACUUUUAACUUUUUUUGUUUCCACAAUGGCACUGAUGAAUGUGAUGAUUAUCAUUUGUUUUGACGCAUUCAUGAAAAACAUUCAUGAUGAGACAAUUCUAUUUAUACUUGCAUUAACCAUUUGUGUUAGAGAAUACAUGCUAGAAGCUUUUUCAUUGUAUUAACAACUGACCGUAAUAAUAUUGUUAAAUGCAUUUUGCCAUUAUAUUCUACACUGAAAGUCUGCACCACUUCCUUUUCUUUUCCUUUCUGGAUGAUUCAAAAUGUGUAAACAGAACCAUAUUCAAUGUGCUAUGUCAGAGCUUUUGAUUCUAGUUGUGUAUUUAACAAUUUUAGUUUCAGAUGCCAAUACUGAGAAACACUUGCCAGAGACUGAGCAAGUAAAGUUUCCAGGAGAUAAGUUUUAACCCAGCCUAAUAUUAAAUAUAAAAAUGUGCCUGUCCCUUAAUAAUACCAGCUACUUACACAUUAAACAACAGAAGUAUUUAAUCUUAAAUCAUGUCUAUUAGUCAAUUUGCUUUUUUGUUCAUGCUUUGUCUAUUUCUCAUCACCUCUGCCCCUCAUCUCCUAAACAGAACUGUACUUUUAAUAUCUUAUUAUCCAUCUGGGAAAGUAUUUACUUUGCUUUGUGUUUAUGUGUAUCAUUUAAAUAUCCUUUAUUACUAUUGCACACAUAUCCGAACCAUAUGCAUUAUUAAGCACUGCUUGUUUUGAUUAAUGCUCAAUCACAGGUUAAAACCCAUUUCUAUUUAACCAUUUUCCUCCAGCACAGGAGGCACAGCUCCUAUUACAUCCUUGUUGUGAAGAGUAUUAUGUUGCGAUUCAUUUUACAUUUCUUAUUUAUAUUUGUUUGUCUGCGCUGUUACUUGCCUUUCACUGCCAUGAAUACAACAUUUGACUGUUCCUGCCACUUUUGUGUUUCAUAUUGUCCAUUCUUGUAUAACUGUUGCCAGCAAUGCACAGCAACACGACUUCUAAACAACAGCAGAAGCGAAAGCCUAAACAUGUGAUGAUGACUAAUGACCUUUUACGCUCCCUUGAAAUAAAGCUCUAUUAUUUCUGCUUUGAUACAA